AUGUCAAUCGUGCGCUUGAAGUCCUGUGAUGGGAAAAUUUGUUCAAUUGAGAUUGCUGCUGCAAGACGUUCGGAGACUAUUUCGAACCUUUUGGACGCUGGAAAGCUACAUAUUGGUGAUACCCUAACGCUUCCGAAUACUAAUGCUCGAUUAUUGGAAAAAAUCAUAACUUGGAUUAAUCGCUAUCAUAAGAUAACUUACGAUAAGAACUCUGAUCAAGCAUGGCGACAGGAAUACUUUCAUGUCAACUUGAAUUUUUUGUCUUCAAUCAGAAAUGUCGCCAACUCUCUGAAAAUUUCAGAUUUGAUCAUUGAAGCCGAAAAUGCAAUCAAUUCUCUGUUAACAUUUUUGGGAAAAUAA